CAGGCCGACUUGGAGGGAGAGACGGAGGAAAAGUUAGUCAAGAUGGCAAAACCCACAGACCCGGAGUGAAGGGGCACCGCUCCCCCAAAAGAUUGCGUCUGUCGCCCGUGCUGAGACAAAGCCAACGAUGCAAACUGAGCAACAAGGCCCUUAAAGAAUAUGCCAGUGAUGCAGAUGCAGAUGCUGAUCUGACAUAUUGCGAGCUGGAAAGCUGACUCAUCAAAAUAAUAUCAAUUCCUCUGUGGGUGAGUAAUCAGCUGAGGGCAAGUUAUAUCAGCAGCGAGAGGACCACCGGCAUCCUUUCAUUAGAGGCCAAAACUCCUGGAGGAUACUUUGUGGAUCAACACAUGUUGAAACCAACCUGAUCACCAUCGUGCUGCUGCCAGAGCUUAGAAUGGCCUCAAGCAGCUUCAGCUGAAUCCAUCCAACAUUCAAAGAUCCCAAGGUCCGUCUUCGGUGCUACCCAGAACGUCGGUGGAAGGUCUCUCAGUGAGUCGCUCCUACCCUGCCAGCCCCUCCCCAAACCAAAAGCCUCUUUGGGAACUCCAACAGCAGCGCUGCCACUCCGCCAGCUGCCCCUCUCCCAGACCAUGAUGUUUCGUGAUCAGGUUGGCAUACUAGCCAGCUGGUUCAAAGGCUGGAAUGAGUGUGAGCAGACAGUGGCUCUGCUGUCUUUGCUGAAGAGGGUGAGCCGGACCCAGGCUCGUUUCCUGCAGCUCUGUCUGGAGCACUCCCUUGCAGACUGCACGGAACUGCAGGUUCUGGAGGCAGAUGCCAACAAUCCAGAGGUGAUCAGCCAGUGGCAAAGCGAGCCAAAAGAACGUGUCAUCUCACUUGUCCUCACUCAUUUGCCGCUGCUCAAACCGGGCAAUGUCGAAGCCAAGGGCGAGUAUAUGCGCCUCCUACCGCGCAUCCUUGCGCACACUAUAGAACAUGGCCGCCACCUGGAAGAGUCUCGCCAACUCUUAUCCUAUGCCCUCAUCCACCCUGCCACCUCCCUGGAGGACCGUGCUGCGUUGGCCUUAUGGCUCAAUCACCUGGAGGAGAGGGCCGCUGCCACGGGAGACUCACUCGAAAGGCCUUCGCCUGCUGGCCCGCAUCACCAUCAGUCCACUCCACCGUCUACCCUUACAUCAUCGGGAUCCUCCACCAACAGUUCUUCUUCCGGUAACCUAUACGCUUUGCAUCAGCACCAGCGCUACGGCUCCGACGAUCGCCUCAAUGGGUGGCAAGGCAGCAGAGAUUCGGGGCUCGGGAGAGGCUGGCAGCAGCAGGGCUGUGAGAAUGGACACCUGCCUCUCUACCCAUCGGCCUCUGUACCAGCAACCAUCAACACAUUAGGAACUGGUGGAGGUGGCAACACCAUCCUAACGAGUGGAAGUGGUAACCAGCCACACAGUCCUCUCAAGCGCUCAGUGUCUCUUACUCCACCAAUGAGUGGCCCGAGCAACCAUCCCAUGGGUCCGGUCUGGCUGUCCCAGGAAGAUCUCCGUAGUAGUAGAGGCCCAGCCCCCGAUCACGCACCCCUCUCCCCCCAAAGCAGCAUUGCUUCCUCAGGCAGCGGAGGAAGUGAACAUCUGGAAGAGGCCAGUUUGGGAGGAGCUUUAAGUCUACAUCGCAGUUCCUUCCAUGAGGAUGGCAGUGGCAUGAGGGAUGUUCCAGCAUGGCUCAAGAGUCUUCGUCUCCAUAAGUAUGCAGCGCUGUUUUCUACCAUGGCCUAUGAUGAAAUGAUGUCACUUACUGAAGAACAACUGGAGGCACAGAAAGUCACCAAAGGAGCAAGACACAAGAUUGUUAUUAGCAUUCAAAAGCUAAAAGAGAGACAAAACCUGCUGCGCAGUCUCGAAAAGGAUGUGUUAGAGGGCAGUAAUCUUCGUGUACCACUGCAAGAACUUCAUCAGAUGAUCAUGACGCCGAUCAAGGCUUUUACUGGUGGCGAGGACACUUCCUUGCAGCGCCCGACCAUGAACACAGAUUCUAAAAGCUCUGCACCCGGGUCCCACCUUGCUGGAGGAGGUGGAGAGGCCGAGGCAAGCUCAAGUGUCAUUGCAGAGGGGGAUCUACCAAGCCAGUUCACUCGCGUUAUGGGCAAAGUUUGCACUCAGCUCCUGGUUUCAAGGUCAGAUGAGGACAGCAUCAGCUCCUACCUACAACUCAUUGACAAGUGUCUUAUACAUGAGUCCUUUAGUGAAACACAGAAGAAGAGGCUGUUGUCAUGGAAACAGCAGGUCCAGAGGCUGUUUAGAUCCAUUCCGAGAAAAACGCUCCUUGACGUUGCAGGUUACAGAACACAGAGGAGCAGUCGCGGGUUUGGUCAGUCCAACUCCCUCCCGACCACAAGCUGUGUUGGAAGCAGUGUUAUGGCACGAAGAAGUCUUCGGCAGUUCCAGAUGCCCUCUCGGAGUUUACCGGGUGCAAGGCUCGGCCUGCUAAGCAGCAGUGGCCUGCUGGGACCCACACCUCGCAGUAGCAGCAGCACACCCACAGGCCCCAAGCAGGGGAGACAGGGUCUAUGGUUCGCCAAUCCUGGGGGCAGCAACAGCAUGCCUAGUCGAACCCACAGCUCUGUGCAACGGACCCGCUCCCUGCCGGUUCAUACAACACCGCAAACUAUGGUCAUGUUCCAACAAGCUGAUCUUCAGUUGCCUGUUACGGAGCCGGACAUCAACAAUCGUCUUGAAUCCUUAUGUUUGAGUAUGACAGAGCACGCAUUGGGAGAUGGUGCCGAUCGCACAUCGACAAUAUGAAAUGAGGACCUGGGUGAGAGCAGCGGAACCGCGUGGCGGGUCACUUCCGGAGGCCCUCUCACAACAAGCCACCCUGAGGUCAUCUGCCCUCCAGUGCCCUCGUCCUGUAGCCAAAGGUAGAGCUCAACCCAGGGACUGGGAGGCCUCCAAGAAACACAAGCCAACACAUUGGCUGCGUCCAUGUGGUUGGGAAACACACUUCCUGCUAUGACCCUCACCAUCUCAGUCCUGAAGACACCCGGGGAGAGGAAAGUAUCCAACGUAGGCUGGACAGUGGGUGACCAGAGCCUCCUCAGGAGAUCAGGUCAGAAGCAGUUCACCCGCAGCAGAGGCAGAGAUGCUGGGAUGGGGGAUCGGGGCCCAGUGAACCCCCAGCCUCAGUUCCCCUCUUAGGAUCCUCAUGUAUACACCUCGAGUGCUUGUGGCAUUUUCCACAUCUGUUCCAGAACCUGGAACCCCCAAAACGAGACAAGCAGAUGGAUGGCAAGCAUUCGGGAAAGGCCCAUUGCUCAGCGUUUGAGCAUCAAACAAAACAGAUUGUCGAUGACGGGUCUCUAUUGUUUACAUGAUGACGCUAUUUUCAAAGGGUACAGAAACA